GGAAAAAAACAAACUUUGUAUUAUCCGCCGCUUCUCGAGACAACGACUACUACUACUACUACUUCUUGAUCCGCCUCGCUCGUCUUUUCUCUCUUCCCCAACAUCACAAAAAUGUCAGAGGAGACCCCAAAAUCCCCCCUCCCCCUCAACUGGUUCUCCUUUCUUCCCAAGUUCCAGUUCCGAUUGCCUCUUCCGGUCUUCGACGCCAAGAAACCGCCGGCUGCGGUGGUCGACGAAGGCCAGAACCAAGAGGCCUUGGCCAACGACGACGCUCGGAAGCCGGAGUUUGUGAGGUUUCCUAAGGCGGACGUGGCCGUCGCUUCGGUGGAGGCUGAAGCCGAUAUCUCCGGCAAGACUUCCAAUCCCGCGGUUAUCUGGCAGGUAUAUGCUCUGGGAGGGUUUCUAAUUUUGAGUUGGGCAUGGGCAAGAUGGAAGGAGAGAAGGCCACAAAGACGUCCAAAUGACGAUGAGGACGAUGAAGAUCCCAGCAAUAUAUAGUUUUGUGUUUGCCAUGAACAGUCCUUACUCCUUAAUAAAUGUUAAAGUUAGUCACAUUUUUAGAGCUAGAAUCUGUUUCGGAAGUUAAAUAUCACAGUCAUUUCCAACCCUUUGUUGAUUCUUGAACAUGAUCUUCAUAUUAAAUUAAAUGUGUCUCCUUGAGGUUGGUUGGUGCAAAGGAAAAAUAUUUGAUGUUAAUCAGAGGCUGCUCUUCUAAACAAA